GAAUAAGAAAUCGAAUUCUUUGCAAAAAUGAAGGAACAUUAUCUCAAAAGCAACUCUUAAAAUAUAUAAUGCGAAUAAUUUGCAAAUAUUUUGCUUUUUUCAAAAUUAGCAUAUGAAAAUGUGAUAAAAAAUAAUCACUUAUCCUAAUUUUAUAAUAAUGUUAUAUAUACUUAACAAUAAAAAGAAAAUAAUUAUACAUUUAAAACAUAUAAAGAUUAAAGAGAUUUUAUUAAAAACCAAAUAAACUAACUUUAUUUAAGAAAUUAUUUGGAAUAAAUAGAUAUUAAAAUUCUAGAUGAACAAAUAAGUGGAAGCCCUGCAAAUGACGAUGAUUAUUAAGAAGAGAGUCAAGAGAAAGUUGGCUCAAUAGAAGAAAUAAUUAACAAACCUACAAACAUUUAAAAUUAUGACGGAGAUAAUGAAAGAUCACAUACAGAAAGAGAAAGAAAAUGCAAAAAUUUGAGUAAAAAAUAUAAAUAAUACCACAAAUUUAAAGAUGAGAAAUAUCAAAUAUUAAACAUUUAAUAAAAUUAAUAAAAGUAAAAUUCAAUAAAUGAUGAAAAUUAAACAAAUAAUAGUAAUAUAGAAAGCAAUAAUGAGCAAUAAG